CCAGCGCCUGGCGCUGCAGGAGCCGGGCGGGAGCAGCCUCAUCCUCCAGGACGAGGAGACCCUGGACACCCACGGCAUCUUCUACAACACCACGCUGAUGCUGCUGCAGACUGCGCCCCAGGCGAUGGAGGUCUUCGUGAAGGAUGACAAGAACCGGACCACCACCUACACAGUGCAGCCCACCAUCACCGUCCGGCAGCUGAAGGAGCAGAUCCACAACCGGCAGGGACCUUCUGCCGACCAGCAGCGCCUCACGUACGGCUCCAGGGAGAUGGAGGACCAGCACACGCUGGCGCACUACAAGGUCCAGCCUAGGAGCACUAUCUUCAUGCUCCUGCGACUCCGGGGGGGUGCAGGCCCCCGGCAUCCCCAGUUCCCUGCCUGCUUGCUCUCCUGA